AUGUUGUUUACAAUUUUUACAAAUUCUGUGACGGCCAAAGAAAAAUCGGUAAUAUGCUACUAUGGUUCAUGGGCUACGUAUCGCAGUGCUUUUGGAAAGUUCGAUGUGGAUCAUAUAGAUACAAAUUUAUGCACACACUUAGUGUACUCUUUCGUUGGAAUCAACACGGAGGGUACUGUGAAAUCCCUGGAUCCUUACCUAGAUCUACCUGAUAACUGGGGUCGCAACAAUUUUGGAAAAUUCAACUCUUUAAAAAUUGGCAAACCCAAUUUAAAAACGAUUUUAGCUGUUGGAGGAUGGAAUGAAGGUUCACAAAAGUUUUCUAGAAUGGCAGCGAAUCCAACAUUACGCAAAAACUUCAUAUCAAGUGCCAUAAAAAUGAUAUUGGACUAUGGAUUUGAUGGUUUGAAUAUAGACUGGGAGUAUCCUAAUCGUCGGGAUUCUGUGCAUGGUCCAGCAGAUAUACAAAACUUCGUUCAACUUUUGAAAGAACUCAGGCAAGAAUUCAAUAAGCAUGGGCUUACUUUGAGUGCAGCAGUAGCUUCUGUAAAGAAGAUGGCAAUACAGUCAUAUGAUAUACCAGGUAUUAGUAAAUAUUUAGAUGCAGUAUCUCUAAUGACAUAUGAUCUACACGGACCCUGGGAUCCGGUCACGGGACACAACUCACCACUUCACAAAGGCGAAGGAGACGGUAACAUUCCGAAAGAAGACUUGUACACUGUUGAUGUUGCUUUAGAAUAUUGGAUAAAAAGCGGAUGCCCACCUGAAAAAAUACGGCUAGGUUUGCCUCUAUAUGGACAUACGUUCACUUUAACUAAUGCAAAGGUGAAUAGAGUACAUGCUCCUUCGAGCGGUCCAGGAUUAGCCGGUCCUUACACAGCCACGAAGGGUAUUAUCGGAUACAACGAGUUUUGCAGCAAAAUUCUGAAAGAGUCUUGGGAUAUUCGUAGAGAUAACAUGGCUAUGGUUCCAUAUGCUGUACAAGGACAAAACUGGGUUUCUUAUGAUGAUGCCAGCUCUUUAAAAACGAAAGUUGAAUAUGGCAUGAAGCAUAACAUUUCUGGGAUUAUGGUUUGGAGUAUAGAAACUGAUGAUUUUCAUGGUCUUUGUGGCAACGAAAAGUAUCCACUAUUGCGAUCUAUUAAUAGAGCUUUAGGAAAUCUUAAUAACACUAUAGCAAAUUCUACAGCUAUUCCUACUACAUCUACAACUUCUACGACUACAAUAGCAACGACAUGGGCAACAACAGCGACGAUUAGUACUGGAACUUCAUCGAUUUGUAAAAUAGUGGGAUUAGCAGCGGACCCAGAAGACUGUACUUCCUUCUAUAUGUGUACAAGAAAUAUAUGGGGGGCCUUAGUUCCACAAAAGUUCAAGUGUCCAGCUAAUCUUUACUGGGACAAUAAAAAUCUUUACUGCAACUACCCAGAUCAAGUUGAAUGUAGUAUUUAA